AUGGAAACAUCACCAAGAGGUGCCACCUCGCCCGCUCCUCGCGAACCAACUCUGAAUCUCCCAUCAACAACAGACCCUCCAAGCCCCCAGAACCCUCCCAAACCCCUCGUAUGGCUGGUAAGCCCAACCCCACCAAGCACUCUCCAAACUCCCAAACCUCCCCAACUAACACCAAACCCCCAGAUCUUCGGUGCAACAGGCCACAUGGGCCGCUCCCUAGUUAAAACCACACUCGCCCACAACGACCUGGUAGCAGCCGUAGGCCGCACCUACGAAAACAGCCCCGAAGCAAUGCGCGAGCUCUCCUCCGAACACGAAAACUGCCUGGGGCUCCUCUGCGACGUGCGCGCACGCCCAACCGUCAAACGCGUAAUCGACCAAACAAUCGCCCACUUCGGCCGCAUCGACGUAAUCGCCAAUUGCUCCGGCUACGGCGUCAUCGGCGCCUGCGAAGACCAAGACGAAUACGACAUCCGCAACCAAUUCGAGACCAACUUUACCGGCACCUUGAAUAUGAUCCAGCUCUCCUUGCCGCAUUUCCGACAGCGCCGCGCCGGCCGCUAUCUGAUCUUCAGUUCUACGAGUGGUGCGCUGGGCGUGCCGGGCUUGGGCCCGUACUGUGCGUCCAAGUAUGCCGUGGAGGGCUUGAUGGAGAGUAUGCUUUAUGAAGUUGAUAGCUUCAAUAUUAAGGGUACGCUUGUUGAGCCGGGACAUAUGCGUCGCGAUGACAUCGGGGACUUGGUUUCGCCUUCUGCGUUGGCGGCGAAUCCGUCCGAGCAUCAUUUAUCGUCGCCGUUGCCGUUGUAUGGGCAUUUCUUGGUCAAGCCGCCCAGUGAGCCGUAUAAUACUUCUACGUCGCCGGCGGCCCAUGCCCGACGCAUGUUGAUGUGGCUGGGGGAUAAGCAGCCUGCUAGUGCGGUCAAGGCGGCGCAUUUGGUUUGGCAGCUUGGGCAUUGUGCUUAUCCGCCUUUGAGGUUGAUUUUGGGCACUUAUGCGGUGGAGAGUAUACGGGAUCGGUUGAAGUGUAUUAUUGAGGAGAUUGAGGAUUGGAAGCAUCUUAGUUUUCCGUUGGGGGAGACACAGCCGAGGGAGAGGUCUUUGGGUGAAGGGGCUGAUGCGGAGUGA